AUGGACUUCUUGCUACUUCAGUUGUUGAUUUCCCUUCUCCUGCUUCCUAGUUUGGGUACUGAACAAAAUUCCACUGACGGCAUAAUUAAUUUUCAAGUUGGUGUAGUUCUUGAUUUGGAUUCACCGGUAGGGCGUACAGGACAGGACUGCCUUUCCUGGGCUCUUUCUGAUUUUUAUUCAUUUCAUAGGAACUAUACAACUAAGCUGGUUCUCCAUCUGUGGGAUUCAAAGGAAACAGUUAUUGAUGCUGCUGCUGCUACUCUUGAUUUGCUGCAAAAUGUUAAAGUGGAUGCUAUCAUUGGUCCUCAAAAAUCUACACAGGCCAACUUUGUGAUGGAUCUCGGAGAUAGAGCUCGUGUACCUAUCCUUUCUUUCUCUGCCACAAGUCCUUCUCUUAUCCCUCGAACUCAUUAUUUUGUUCAAACAGCUCAAAGUGAUGCUGAUCAGGUUGAGGCCAUUGCUUCCAUAGUUGAGGCCUUCAGCUGGAACCAGGUCGUCAUAAUUUACGAAGACACGGAAUAUGGUAAUGGAAUUAUCCCUCAUCUGUCUAAUGCAUUACAAGAAGUCAAUGCUCGAGUUUCACAUAGAAGUGCAUUUCCAAAAUCUGCCACCGAUGAUUAUAUAUGCAAAGAACUAGAAAAGAUGAUGACCAUGCAGACAAGAGUUUUUGUGGUGCACAUGUCACAACGUGUUGGUGCCAGGCUCUUUCUAAAAUCAAAAGAGUUGGGAAUGAUGAAUAAUGGUUAUGCUUGGAUUGUUACCACUGGCCUGACAGAUCUAUUCAGUUUGAUGGAUUCUGAUGUUGCUGAAGCCAUGCAAGGUGUUUUGGGUGUAAAGCCUCUAAUCCCAAAACGUAAAGCACGUGACGGUUUUACUCAUAGAUGGAAUGCGAAGUCUCUUCAGGCUGAUGGCAAUAUCAAACCAACAGAAGUAAGUAUUUUUGGCCUUUGGGCAUAUGAUACCCUGUGGGCACUUGCUAUGGCAGCAGAAAGAGUGGGAAAUAAGCAUCUGAUUGCAAUAAAGAAUGGUGUUGAUUCCAAUUCCGAAUUCCCAUUUUCUUUAGGAGUUUCUGAAACUGGUCCUAAACUUCUCAAAGAAAUAUUACGAACAAGGUUCGAAGGACUAGCUGGGGUUUUCCAUCUUGCUGAUGGACAACUAGUGCAGACACCUUAUCAAAUAGUAAAUGUUGUUGGAAAAAGCGAGAGACAGGUAGGAAUUUGGUCACCCUCCCACGGAAUUUCCAAGGAAGUGAUUCUGAAUGUCUCCACUUCUUACUCAACCUCAAAGGAAAAUUUUAGGAGGAUUGUUUGGCCAGGGAACUCUGAAAUAGCACCAAAGGGGUGGGAAUUUCCAGUUAGUGGUAAAAAGCUAAGAAUCGGAGUGUCAGAAAAAUCUGGUUUUAACGAAUUCCUGAAAGUGGCGAGGGAUCCUCAAAGUAAUGCUAUCGAAGUUAGUGGAUACUUUAAAGAGGUGUUUGAUUCUGUCAUGGCAGCAUUACCAUAUUCUGUGCCAUAUGAGUACGCUCUUUAUCACUUCGAAAAUUCUGACGGUUCAAAUGCUGGGAGUUACAAUGAUCUUGUAUAUCAAGUUUCUUUGCAGAAGAAAUAUGAUGCUGCUCUGGGAGAUAUAACAAUUACUUCUAACCGAUCAAUCUAUGUCGAUUUCACUUUUCCAUAUGCAGCAGGAGGAGUUGCUAGUGUUGUGCCAAUUAAAUAUGAUGAUGGAAAUGAUAAAUGGACGAUUUUGCAGCCCUUAACCAAAGAACUUUGGCUAAUGUCUGCUACAUUUUACAUUUUUACUGGUCUGUCAAUAUGGAUCCUUGGAAAAAGGAUUGACGCCAAUUGUCGUGAUUCUGCGGGUCAACAAUGCGGCAUGAUUUGUUGUUUUCCAUUCUUUCCUGGACAAGGAAUUGAAGGAAAUUUAAUUUGUCUGGUUUUGGUCACAUGGGCAUUUGUUGCAAAUUUGUUAAUCUCAACUUACACUGCUAGCUUGUCAUCAAGAUUAACAGUACAGAGGCUUCAACCAGCUGCCACCGAUGUGAUGGAACUUAUUAGGAGUAGAAACUACAUUGGUUGUCAAGAAGGAUCCUUUCUUGUUGAUUUCUUAAAAGGCUUAGGAUUUGAAGAAUCAAAAAUUAGGACAUAUAAAUCUACUCGUGAUUGUGAUGAAGCUUUGACAAAGGGAAGUAGUAAUGGAGGUAUAUCAGCAUAUUUUGAUGUUUUGCCUCACAUAAUGCUCUUCUUAUCUGAAUUCUGUGGCAAGUACAUGAUAGUUGGUCCUACCUAUCGUACGGGUGGAUUUGCUUUUGCUUUUCCUAAAGGCUUGCCUUUAGUUGCUGAUGUCUCUCGUGCCAUAAUUCAAUUGACAGAAAAUGGUACGAUUGUAGAGAUUGGUCAAAUGAAUUCUAGUAAUCCAGCAUGUGCAGGACCAGAAAGUGCUAUCACCCCAAGCAGCAUGACAUUGCAAAGCUUUCAGAUACAUCAUGAAAAUCGACCUCUCAUCUCAUUCCAAGGCUGGACAUACAAAAAAUCAGAUUCUGAGAACUUGAGGAAGUUGAUUGAAAGCAGCUAUAGGCUUCAUCAAUUUUGUGCAACAAGAUGCAACGUAUAG